CGUGGAGACGCUCGGCGUGGCAACAGAAACAACAAGGCUGGAGGAGGCGGUAAAGGUUUAUUUUACGAGUAAAAGUCUCGACGGUAAAACUACUUAAAGUUAAAGCAAGGGACACUCCGCAACGAUGCCUAAGAAGAAGAAGGGCAAGGCCAAGGGAGCGAAGAAGGGGAAGAAGAAGAACAAAACCGGGGAGCACAAGGAGAGGCAGACGGAUCGCGAGAUGGAGCUGGAGCGAGCGUGUGCCAACGCCACGCUCUGGGAGUCCCGGCUGGAGGCCACGGAACGUUCCCGUGGCGAGUACCGGGAGGCUGCACGCCGCAUGGCUCAGUCCAACAACGAGUUGUUCCAACAGCUGGGGUCCGUGGAACGCGACUCCAUAGACGUCAUCAGCUACAUGAAGUCGCAAGACCUGGAGAAGGACAGGAUGAUCAAGAAGCUGCAAAAGCAGAUUGAAGACAAUCGACAAGAAAUAAGGGACGAAAUGAAAAAACUGAUUGACGAGGCGAAGGAGCAGAAGGCGGAGAUGGAGUUGCGGCUGGAGCAUAAGAGCAGUGAGGUCAGUCAACUCCAGAGCGAGCUGAGAGACAUGCACGAGUUUCGCCUGAAGCGGGACCAGAUGCAGCAAGAGCUGGAUGAGAUUACAGAGAGUAUGAAUGCAGCCGGCAAGAAUCACAAAGAAGCUCUGGCCAAAAUGGAGAGAAAGUUUUUGGAAGAUAAGGUUCGUCUAGAGGAGGAAGCAGGGCAGGUGGUCAACCAGCUGGCUGAGCAGGCUCAUACAGAGGCCAUCAUGAAACUUGACGAGACGACUCAAGCGGUGUACAAAGAGAACGUGCGGCUCAGCGAGGCCUUGACCCUGCACAAGAAUGACGCACAAACACUUCGCAAGAAGAACGAGAUUCUCGUGGAACAUAACAACCGGCUCUGUCAAGAGAAGGAGGAGAGGGCACAGCUGAUUCGGGAGAAAGUGGAGGAGGCAGCUCAGCAGAAGGAGAAGCUGCGCAAGCUGCAAAGGAAGGUGGAGAUGCUGGAGCAGAACCUGAGGCUCAUGGCACGCGAGUUUGAGGAGGAGCGAGCGGUCGCCCGUGCCCAGUGGCAGUCGGAGAGCCAGGCCGACCGAGCUGAGGUAAUGCAGCUCCGGCACGCGAUGGAGCUGCGCGCACGCGAGAUGAACCGUGUCAAGAAACUCGCGCGCAACAUCCUGGACCAGCGCAGCGAUGUGGAAGCCUUCUUCCUGGAGGCGUUGGCGCAGGUGCAGGAGGAGGUGGCCACCAGCCGCGCUCACUACAAGCGCGCCGCGCAGCACGCCUACCAGCGCAAGCUGCAGGGAGCUCUCGCCGGCACGGAGGAGUACCCGCGAGUGCGCACCUUUGGCAAGCUGCAGCACAGUACCAACAGCGUCUACAGGGAUGUAGAGGAAGCAGAGAAAUGGAACAACAUCACAGCAGAAAAAGUGGACAUCUGUGACCUGACUUGGGAGCAGAAGGAACGAGUGCUAAGGGUCCUCUUUGCUAAAAUGAACGGGGAGAUGAGCAGCAGGAAAACUCGCAAGACGGAAAUGAUUUUGUCAGCACCGGCAGGGGGCAUUCCAAGCGUGAAAAAUGCACAGCAAGACAGCAUUGCGGAUGGGGAGGCUCCCAAUCUCACAUUCAUCACCCAAGGUACUUUGGACUCCUCGCCAGCAGGAGGCCUCUCCCUACCAGCCAUCCGAACUGGGCCAAGUCCAGGGCGAAUGCAAGCACAUCUCGCUGCACCAUAGCGAUACUCUCUGUAGCUUCGAGGCCAGCGAUUAUUAGAUGGUUAGUUUGCCCCAUCGAUAUACCUGUGUGUGGACGUAACACGAUCGAUUUUGGACACAGUUAUGAGUUUCUGUACUUCUGAUGUAGGAAUUUCAUCUGCUAAAAUAAUUAAGGACAGUUUGCUUUGAUCAUUAAAAUACUUAGAUUCAAACAUACUUUUAAAAUCAUGGCUUUUAAAGUUGUGUACGUGAAUAAUUGCAUUGUAAAUUUCAUGAUGUGUAUUUUUAAAAAGUGUUUUCGUGUAUUGGAAGAUUACUUCGUGUUGCUUUUUUCACAAUUUAAGUUGAUAUGAUGUGUAGCUAAAGGACAACAGUAAUAUAAUUGGAUUGAAUAUCGGUAUACGUUUUUUUGAUGAAAUGAUCAUGUGUAGCAAAAAUAAGUUAAAACAUGAAUAAAGUUGUUUCAACACCA